GCUGGGUCAAGGGGAUUACUUUCUUCCCCUCGCGGUUCCUUCUUCUCCCUCCUCCCUUUCCCCCGUGGUUAUUUUGGAUCAAGCUGUGGCGGCGGAAGGAGCUUGAAGUCAACGCUUCCGCCCAGUUUUCCUGUGAGGAGGAGGCGGAGGCGGCUGUGAGGAGCCGAGGCGGCGGCGGCCGCUAAUGGAGUUGCUGCCGAGGAGGGAGCGCCGCCGCUCAACUUCCCCGCGGGCCUUCUCCCUCCUCUCCCCUCGUCCUGCGGCCGGGGGCUCCUCUCUCGCCCUGGCAGCUCCUCUUCCCCUCCCUCCCCGCUUCUCUUCUCACACAAACAGCCGUGACGCAUCCUCUCUCUCCUCCAUCCCCCCCCUUCCCACCCCCAGGCUGGUUUAAAACGCCUCCCUCCCCCCCGUCACCAGCCUUCUCCUUGGGGCCGGCUCGUCCUCCCUCCGCAGUGUUCGGCGUCGCUUUGGAGGAGGUGGGAGAGCCCGGCCGAGCCUCUCUGCCCCCCUUUCCCCCACACAACUCCCCCCGCGCCUGCCCCGGCCUGUGCCGGCUCCGGUGUCUGGAGGAAUUUCUGCCGCCGCCGCCUGCCCCGGCUGGGCGCGGGAGGCGGGCGGGCGGGGAGGCGGCCGAGCGGCGGCGGCAGCAGCAGGAGGAGGAGGAGAAGGGCAGCAGCGAAGGCGGCUGCAGCGGGAGAUGAGCUGCAGCGGGAGGACGGUGCGGUGCAGCUUUUUGCGGCGGGGAGCCCUCCCUUGUCUCCAGCACUUUGUUCCCCUUUAACUGGGAGCAGCUCAAGAGCGGAAGAUCCGAGGUUGUUGCUGCUGUUUCCACCACUACCUUCACCAUCAUCAUCUCUAAAGACAGGGGAAAUAACGCUCCGGCGCCGGACUACAGGAUUUCGUGUUUCCAGGAUAAAGAUCGCUCUCCGCCCCCCCCCCCCCCCCCCCGCCCCCUCUCCCCUCCCUCUCCCUCACUCCGCAGCACUGCCCGUGCCCUGGCCGGGGGCGGCAGGCCGGGGGGGUAACAAUGGUGAAGUUUCUGGUGAGUUCUGGCUGCGCCCUGGCUGCGUCGGUGCUGCUCCGUCUCCCUGUCGGAUCGCGGUGAGGAGAAAAUGAGCGAAGAGACGGCGACUUCUAACAACGAUAAUAGUUAUGCACGAGUGCGAGCUGUGGUGAUGACCCGGGAUGACUCAAGUGGUGGAUGGUUACCACUUGGAGGGGGUGGACUAAGCUGUGUCACAGUCUUCAAAGUCAUUCCCCAGGAAGAGAAUAGCUGUGCUGAUUUUCUUAUCCAUGGAGAACGACUCAGGGAUAAAACGGUGGUCUUGGAAUGCACAUUAAAGAAGGACCUCGUUUACAACAAAGUUACUCCUACUUUUUACCACUGGAAGAUUGAUGACAAAAAGUUUGGCCUCACAUUUCAGAGUCCUGCUGAUGCAAGAGCAUUUGACAGAGGUAUUCGGAGAGCAGUAGAGGAUAUUUCCCAAGGUUAUCCACCCUCCCAAAAUGAUGUUGAAGUGGCAGAAGACUGCUUUCAAACUACUCAAGAAAAUACAUCCGGUUCAUUAAUGAAAGAUCACCUUUUCCAACACGAAACUGUAGUAACCAGUGAACCUUACAACAGUACAAAUUUAAGGCCUUCAGCAUUUGAGGAUUUCAACACCAGGAGAGCCUGUUUUCCUAGCCAACCUAACCAGGUCCCACGGAAGUCAAUCAGGCACGUUAGCUUUCAGGAUGAAGAUGAAAUUGUUAGAAUAAACCCUCGUGACAUUUUGAUACGUCGUUAUGCAGACUACAGGCAUCCUGACAUGUGGAAGAACGACCUCGAGAGGGAUGACGCAGACUCAAAUAUACCAUUUUCUAAAUCAGACGGUAAAAAAUCUGACUAUUUAUACCCAUGUGGGGAUGGAACUAAGUUGAAUUCCCUGAAAGACUCAAAGAGUUCUGUGGUAUUUAAAACUCAGCCUUCCUCAUCAAAAUUUAAAAACUCAAAAAGAAGAAAAGAGGAUGGUGAGCGUUCACGCUGUAUUUACUGCCAGGAAAGGUUUAAUCAUGAAGAUAAUGGCAGAGGAAAAUGUCAAGAUGCGCCAGAUCCUAUUAAAAGAUGUAUCUACCAAGUUAGUUGCAUGCUUUGCGCAGAGAGCAUGCUGUAUCACUGCAUGUCAGACUCUGAAGGAGAUUUCUCUGAUCCUUGCUCAUGUGACACUAAUGAUGACAAGUUCUGCUUACGCUGGUUAGCACUGGUGGCACUCUCGUUCAUUGCUCCAUGUAUGUGCUGCUACCUCCCCUUGAGAGCAUGCCAUCACUGCGGUGAGGUAUGUGGGUGCUGUGGAGGAAAGCAUAAAGCUGCGGGAUGAAUCAGUCUUGUGCCAAACAGAGCUGAAAAAUCUUUGUUUCCAGGAAGCAUCUAACUUGGAUUUGAGGAAGCUUUUUGGCAAGCUGAAGGGAAUCUUCUUUCAUGUAAGAGAUGCUUGAUGUGGAGGAAGCAACAAGACUUGUCAGACCUUGGCAUUUUACAAGUGCUAGCCAUGCCUAACUAUUUCCUUUGAGUGCGUGGCGUUUGUUGCAAGUUGUGAAGGAGAUUUUGCAAAGGAAAGCCUAUUCUUAUUAUUGGCUAUAAAAUGAGUAUAUAAACUAUGAUUAUACUAAAAGGGAUUAACUUUUGCCACUUUGUACAUUCAUGGUUUAGGUGAGGGGGCUCUUUUAAAAGGAUUAAAACUUAUCUGAGGGGAGAUUUUAACUAAAAGUGCACUAGCGACAGUUGAUUUAAGAUUAAGAAAAGUUAAUACUCGGCAAAUGAGAAAUGAAACUGAUUUUAAGUGCAACUAAAUCACUUAUUAAUAGUUUUUUGGAAGCGACUUUAUGUAUAAAUAACAAAUGUUUAUAUUUAACUAAAUGUGUAAGGUACGAAUUAUUACAUGUUAAACUUUCCUUCCCUCUGAUGUAGUAGGUAUGGACUAUAUCUACUGUCACAUUCCAUGGUAGUAUUUUAAAUAUUUAUUAGUUAAUUUAGUCUCAUUUUUAUUCCAGAUGGACAAACUGGUAUUUUUCAGUCCUGUUUCCCUUCAGCUACAGUUUGUGUUGAGUUGUAUCCAUACAUUCUGAUAAUCUAAAAACCUUUAAAAUAUUAAUUAUUCUAGUCUUGAGUGACCAAUAUUUUUUUUGUUAAGCACAGAUGUAAUUGUCUAAAAUGUUCUUGUUAGAACAUAACAUUUAUUUUUAUAUAUAAAUUACUUUGAUUUCAACAUAAUAGCAAAAAGGAAGUUGUUUCUGUUGCUCAACCAGCAAGUUGUUUUCUUUUGGGGUGUCCUCCAAAAAUACUUUAUUGCAUAUUCAAAUGUUCAUUAAGCAAAAGGUACAUUAAGGCAGUUGUAACAAAUUGUCAUCAGUGUUCUUGUUUAUCCUUCUGUCAAACUAGGAUCCUGUUCAGCUGUUUAUCAAGUACUAUGAUUAAAACAAAAGAUUAAUAACAAAA